GGUGAAAAAUUUAGAGAAUUGUUGGAUAAAUUCUUAAGGGUUAACUUCAGUAAAGGUUGCCCGCCCCUGUUUACAACUUUGAAAUCUUUGUACUACAGUACAGAAAAGAUUUCAACAAUCCAAGAGCUGGUAAUGAGUUAUGAAGCUUCUUUGAAAACUUGUCACAUGUUUAGUCCAGACGAAAACGGAGAGCAGGAACCGCCAACGACGCUGCUCUGGGUUCGGUAUUUCCUUGCGCAGCAUUUCGACAAGGUUGGGCAAUUUUCCUUGGCAUUGGAUUACAUCAAUUCUGCUGUGACGAGUACGCCAACGUUAAUAGAGCUGUUCUAUUUGAAAGCCAAAAUUUACAAGCAUGUAGGGAACCUCAAGGAAGCUGCCCGAUGGAUGGACGAGGCCCAGUCCUUGGAUACGGCAGACAGAUUCAUCAAUUCCAAGUGUGCAAAAUAUAUGCUGAGAGCAAAUCUCGUCAAGGAAGCGGAGGAAAUGUGUUCCAAGUUCACACGGGAAGGGACUUCCGCCACGGAGAAUCUGAAUGAAAUGCAGUGUAUGUGGUUCCAGACGGAAUGCGCCCUCGCUUUUCAAAGAUUAGGGAAAUACGGGGAAGCUUUGAAGCAGUGCCACGAAAUUGAGAGGCACUUCUUCGAGAUCACGGAUGACCAGUUUGACUUCCACACGUACUGUAUGCGGAAGAUGACCCUGCGUGCCUACGUCAAUCUCCUGCGGCUGGAAGACGUGCUGAGGAAACACGCCUUCUACUUCAAGGCCGCCCGAUCGGCCAUCGAAAUCUACUUGAAGCUGCACGACCAGCCCUUGGCCAGCGAGAACAAAGAGCAGGAAGUCAACUCAGAAAACCUUUCCGCCAAAGAACUGAAGAAAAUGCUGAGCAAGCAGCGGCGGGCGCAGAAGAAAGCAAAACUGGAGGAGGAGAAGAAGCACGCGGAACGAGAGCGGCAGCAGAAGAGUCAGAAGAAGAAACGAGACGAGGAAGAGGAGGAAACCAGCGGCCCGAAGGAAGAAUUGGUCCCCGAGAAACUGGAAAGGGUGGAAAAUCCGUUGGAGGAGGCGAUUAAGUUCCUUAUACCCCUGAAGAACCUCGCGGCAGACAACAUAGAUACUCAUCUCCUGGCCUUUGAAAUCUAUUUCAGGAAAGGAAAGUUCCUGCUAAUGUUGCAGUCGGUUAAAAGGGCCUUUGCCAUUGGUGAGAACAACCCCUGGCUACAUGAAUGUUUGAUCAAGUUUUCCAAGUGUGUGUCGAAUCACAGCAAUUUGCCAGAAAUCGUGAACAAGGUUCUUUCGCAAGAAAUGGAGAAGAUCUUCACCAGCAAAGAUUUGGAAAGUUUCAACGAAGAAUUUCUCAAGCGUAAUUCUACCUCUAUACGGCACCUGCUCUCAGGUGCCAAAAUGAUGUAUUUCCUGGACAAUUCAAGGCAAGAGAAAGCAAUCGCCAUCGCCACUAGACUUGACGAAGCCAUGAGGGACAGAAACGUGGAGAUUUUGACGACGGUUUUGGAUUUCCUGCGUGAUGGCACCUUUGGCGGAUGCCACAGCCAGAGCGAGGCGUAUCGGACCGCGUGCCACAAAAUGUUCCCUUUAGCGACGGCCUUCAUGUCUCCCACCAGUGACGAGGACAGUUGCUUUGCCCCCGUCAAUCAUACGGCCAUCAAUCAUGAAGUGCUGACCAAUGAGAUUUGAAACAGAAGGCCAGGACCAGCUCCUGACAGUCCAGGGAUCGUCCGGGAUCUUCCCGCUGGAUCUCAUCAGAACCACUCAGCUGUCCAAACCCGGGAAACUGGAGGCAAAUCUACUCUGCAGGAAAUUCCUUUUUCCCUCAACAAAAGCUGCCAACGAUGAAUAGAAACAGCCUUUUUUGCAUAAUGCUGGGCGUAUUUAUACUCUGUACAGCUAUAAAUCUUUCUAUUCUGAAUCGUCGACCCAUAAAUUCCAUUGAAUAUACCAAUAAAUACGAUCACUUCUUCCAAAACGUGCAAGGAAAAUGUCCGUACGAGGAGAACCUGAGGAGAGGCCGCCAUCUUGACUGUGUCACCAUCCAUGUAAAGUCCUGCAUGUGAAAGUUAACAAACUAGGAUAAAUAUAUCCUCGAAACAUGUUUUGUGUGUUUCGAUGGCGUCCUUGUUGCUCCCUUAGCUUCGUUGUUUUCUUGCAGACAUUUCAUUGCCCUGUUGUGAUCAAGGCUUCCCGAGAGCAGGAAGCAAAGUCCUUGUCCCGACAAAAACCCCUUUUAUUAAUUGGCUAUGAAUUCUUCUCAUUCACAGCCGGUAACUGUUUUUCAAGGGAGGACUUACAGUCACAGACCUUCUCUGGCUUGGAGAGCUGCCAGGCUGAUUAUCUGCAACAUUUGGCAAGGAGUCUUGGA